AUGAACCUUUACCAUCAGGUGUGGUUCUCAAACCGCCGCGCGAAAUGGCGACGCGAGGAGAAGCUUCGAAGUCAGCGUCGGGAGGCGCCAGCGGCUUCGCCCCCCGCCCCGCCAGCACCGCGCCUUCCCCUCAACGGCGGCUUCAACUCCAUGUACAGUCCCAUACCGCAGCCCAUAGCCACCAUGAGCGACACAUACAGUGCGCUUGGUUCCGACAGUUCAAUGUCGGGAGGAUUGUCGUCGUCGUGCCUGCAGCAGCGCGAUGGCGGUUACCCGUACAUGUUUGGCGAUGUGUUGAGUGGUGGAUACACGCGCGCGCCCGCCGCGCACCAGCAGCACGGCGGCUACUCACAGCCACAGGCUGCCGCCAGCACCGGUGUUAUAUCAGCGGGCGUAAGUGUGCCCGUUCAAAUACCCUCGCAAGGACCAGACCUCGCAUCAAAUUAUUGGGGGCGGCUUCAGUGA